GUUCCGGGACGGGUUCCAGGUGCCAGCGAGUCCGGUAAGGUUCGCGUGGAAACUGGGGUCAUGGCGGUGCCCGGCCCAGCGCUCUGCCUCUUCGACGUGGACGGAACCCUGACGGCCCCGCGACAGAAAAUUACCAAAGACAUGGAUUGCUUUCUACAAAAACUGAGGCAGAAGAUCAAAGUUGGAGUCGUAGGCGGGUCGGACUUUGAGAAAGUACAGGAGCAACUGGGAAACGAUGUGGUUGAAAAAUAUGAUUAUGUGUUUCCAGAAAAUGGCUUGGUAGCAUACAAAGAUGGGAAACUCGUGUGCAAACAGAAUAUUCAAGGUCACCUGGGUGAGGCCCUAAUCCAGGAUUUAAUCAACUACUGUCUGAGCUACAUCGCGAAAAUUAAACUCCCAAAAAAGAGGGGUACUUUCAUCGAAUUCCGAAAUGGGAUGUUGAAUGUGUCCCCCGUCGGAAGAAGCUGCAGCCAAGAAGAACGCAUUGAGUUCUACGAACUGGAUCAAAAAGAAAGUAUAAGACAGAAAUUCGUGGAGGAUCUGCGGAAAGAGUUUGCAGGGAAAGGCCUCACGUUUUCCAUAGGAGGCCAGAUCAGCUUUGAUGUCUUCCCUGACGGAUGGGACAAGAGGUAUUGCCUGGGACAUGUGGAAAAGGACGGCUAUAAGACCAUUUAUUUCUUUGGUGACAAAACCAUGCCAGGUGGGAACGACCACGAGAUCUUCGCAGACCCGAGGACGGUGGGCUACACCGUGACGGCACCCGAGGACACGCGCAGGAUCUGUGAGGGGCUCUUCUGCUGUUGACCAUCCCUCUCCCCGUGGAAGGGGGGUCCCGCCACGCCCACCCCCAGCCCACUGUACAGUUGUUGCUCAGGUCCUCACUCAGCAGGGAAAUGGCCCUCCACCUCCAGUGCUAGAAGCAGCCAGAAGGGAAAAGAAAAGGCUUGUCUAGAAUGGUUCAAAGGACUGCCUCCAACAGACGGUUUCGUCUCCACCCCAAGUCCCAGGACCCCCAGCCCUGAUCUGAUACGUGCGAUCACAGUACACCUGGUGUUUUUUUGUUUUUAAACUUCCCCAUCAUUCUAGAAUGAUACAGGAAGAAUGAGUGUGCCUGGACCCUCCCUCUUUCCUCAUGGGUCUCGAGGAAAAUGUAACAUAUUCACAUUGGGACCCUCUGCAUCAGUACCAGGAGGGGGGCUUUGGUGAUGAGAAAGAAAGGACAGGAUGUUUACAGUGAUCUGACCCUGGGACAGAUGGUUAAAAACACUUCCAGAAAUGUAGCUACCCUGUGAGAAUACUGGCCAAGUGACCACUGACCCCAGGGACUUUGCACCUAGCUGGCCCAGGAAGCAGGGGUAGCUCUGUAUCCACUACACUUUGAGGAGCCCACUGGUUUCCUAGCCAUUGGGACAGAGGCAGUGGAGCCAGCAACCCCGCCAAGAACUGGCACACGGCCCUCCCGGCACUCAGCUCUGAGCCCAGGCCCAGAGACUAACUGGGACGGUCGCACUUCACCCAAAGAACCUCCUGCUGUCCCCAGGGCCUGUGUGCCCUAGUUCCUCGGGGAUCAGGGGAGAGCCUGAACUAACAGAUCAGGAGCUGUACUGUUUCUCUGCUUAUCUUUGAAUAACGACCCCUGCCGUGGUCAGGCCUGCAACCCUCACUCCUCCCUCCUGCCUUUUGCAAGUUCCUUGUAUAACUGGAAGGCAGCU